UUCUUUUUUGUAUUUGAAUUUUUAUUCGCGCCCUUUUUGUAAUUUUGCAAAAGUUUAGUUCUAAUUCGGUUUUGUCAUUUUGUUUAUUAACAGCAAAAAUAAAUAAUGUCGAUUUUACUUGCCGACAUCGAUGCAACUUGUGCCGCUUUGGGUUACAGUGAUGGCAACAAAUAUCUGGCCGAACCCGAUGCCCUUCAGGGACUGAAGCACUUAAUAUGGAUCCUCCGUCGAGAUUUGGACAAUCAUGAAUAUCGCCGACAUUUGGGACGAGCCAAGGUGCUGCAAACUGAUUUGGUGCCCAUGCUACCAGAUUACAUUGAGGAUGAUGAGUUCGCAGAUGUUCUCAUUAGAUUGUUGGUCAUUCUAACAAAUCCAACACUGCUCCUGUAUCGAGACGGUGCUCCAAAAGAUGGCCAUGGAAGGAAGGUAUUCAUGGAACUGAUUGACAUCCUACAGGGCUAUAAGUCUGCAUUUACAUCGAACAAAACGUGGGCUGCCCUUGCUCUAAAGACACAAAAGUCCCUCGAAAUUGAUUGGGCUUUGAGGAGCGAGGAACAAGGACUUCUUAUCGAGCGGGUACUUGUUCUGAUUCGAAAUGUUUUGCAAAUACCCGCCAAUCCAGAGGCCGAGUGUCGAGCUGACAACGAUGCCAGUCUGCAUGACCAAGUUAUUUGGGCGCUCCAUCAAUCUGGAAUCCUUGAUUUGGUUCUCUACGUCAUCAGCUCGCCCGACGAGAACCAGUACCAUCUCCAUGGUCUCGAGAUCCUCUGUUUGCUCUUUCGUGAACAGACAGCAGAAUCUCUGGCCGAUGCGUCAUUGCAACGCAGUGCCAGCGAAAAACAGCGUGAUGAGCAAGAGCUCAUAGCUGCAAGGCGUCGAGAAAAGCAGAAGUUGGUAGCAAGGCCCCCGGCCGGCCGGCAUUCACGUUUCGGAGGCACCUAUGUGAUCCAAAACUUCCGAUCGGUGUCGGAUAAGGACACUAUAUGCCAUCAAUCUCUAGAACGUGCCGUUGCCAUUGACUUCGAUCGAGAGAAGGAGCGUCAAAAGAAGUCUCACCGCAUAAUUAAGGAAGAAGGUCAGACUGUCCGUCGGAGUGCAUUUUCUGUACGCCUGUGCUUGCGUGAGUUUUGCAUAGAAGUACUACGUUCGGCUUACAACAAUCUCGUCCGACAGGUUCGGCGAGUUCUGGAAAGAAACACGGGAUCCACAAGUCACGAUGACUCCUAUUUACUAUGGGCAGUGAAGUUCUUUAUGGAAUUCAAUCGCCUUAGUGGGCUGCAAAUGCACUUGGUGAGUGAGUCGUUGAGUGUGCAGUGCUUCCAUUGGGUCCUAACUCGAAUGCAACACGACAUGGAUAUGAUGACUACAGACAAGAAACAGGCCAGACUCUGGGCUAAGAGAUUACACGUGGCCCUGCAAACAUUCCGGGAGUUGAUUUUCAGUUUGCUCGCCCUGCAGAAGUUGCAGGAUGUCAAGGCUAGAGCUCUCUUCGACAUGCUCCUGAACAACGUCUGCUAUGUUCUGGAAUAUCGAGAGACCAUAUUGCAUCUGUUGAUGAACUAUAACGAAGCUCACAGUACGAAAACCUACCUCCGAGAUGUCAUCGAAUCGGCUAACAUGUUCCUAAAGAUGAUGGAGAAAUUCUGCAAGGAUUCAGUGGUUGUCCAGGACAAGCGUCGCAAGAAGAAAUCCUCAGCCGGGAGACAAAAAACCGCAGUAACAAAAAAUCCUCAACAAACUGAGGAAGAAUUAGAGAAUAAAUGGGUGGAAAUAGCCUCCCAAGUAACAGAGAUCCUUUCCAAUGAACUUAAUAUUCCCGAAGAGGAACAACCAAUCCCUUUCGAUGCGGCUUCGGACAAAAACAUAGAUGACCAAAAGGACGACUGUAUGAUAAGGAUUCAUAAGUUCUUGAGGGAGGAGAAAUUGGAGAGUGCUAUCGGAUUGAUGCGAGCGGCCAGAGAGGUUUGGCCCGAGAACGACUGCUUUGGAGCACUGACUGCUGCCCCAGAAGACGAAUUGCUGCUCCUGCGGGAGAUUUUCCUCUUCAAUAUUGGCUCAGAUGAGCAGACACCAUCCGAGACAAAUGAAGUCGACAAUGAACGUGAUGAAGAGGAGGACGAUGAUGAUGAAGAGGGUGGCGCUGGAGUUGUUGAGAAAACUUUCAAAUUCGACGACUUCCAAAAGAGACUCCUGCAUCCGAAAAUCGUUCGUGCCUGCAGCAUCGUGUUGGCGGACUGGGAAAAAAUUCCAGCCAGGUCCUUGAAGAGCAUCGUAACCAUCUUCCAUCGCAUCGCAUACGCAUGCUCCUGUCCGGCCAUGCUCUACCAGGCAUUCCUCUUCAGGAUCUUUCAACAGGUAUUCGAUGCCCCGAGAGAUCCCCAUUGGGAGGAGCUUCGCCGACUUGGAGUCUAUGUGGUUCGCAAAUUUGUCGAAACCGCUCCCAAAAAUCCAAAAAUAUACGCCGAGUUGUUCUUCUACAAAACCAUUCGCGAUGCCAAUGAACUGGAGACGGGUUACUGUGAUGUCUACGAAUCUGGCACCAAAGGAACUUGGACAGAGGAACAAGAGAGUGAAUUGCGUUUCCUAUUCCAAGAAAACCAGAAUAAUCCUCAGACCGAUCAGGAUGUGAUCGAUUGGAUUCUGGAGAAUCUCAUCGACAAAACUCGCACCCGACGGGGAGUUCUCAAAAAAAUGCGAGAACUUGGAUUGCAAUUUAAGGCCCCAACCAAAAAAUCAACAGCAGCAAUGGCCAAAAAGGAUCUUUGGCAACAUGAAGAGGACGAUGAAUUAAAGUCGCUCUAUGAUGAACAUCGUCUCGAUGAUGAUUGCCUUCAGAAGAUCAUGGAAGUGUUCGGGGAACGACGCUCAAAGAACCACAUCAUCAAGCGGAUGCUGCAGCUGCAUUUGAUUGCCGAUAAAUCCGAAAUACUUCCAGCGAAGCCGGCAAGAAAGAGAUCCAAGAAAGAUGUCGCAGAGGGUGGCGGCGAGCAGAGGUCCAAAUCAAAAUCAUCGGAGAAAUCAAAGAAGAGCCAACAGAAGCAACAAAAACGUACAAUCGUAAGGACUCCUCUGGAUGUGGGAACGAUUCAAUCGUUGAUGAAGAACAUCGACGAGAAGUUCGCUGACGCUCUGGAAUGGUUGAAGGAAUCGUUUGCAGAUGCAGCGGAAGAUAGUGAAACCCCUUCGGAGGAGGACGAUGGUGUUCCCCUGUUGCCACUGUUAGAAGUUCAAAAAGAAGCCAUGGAGGAUGAGGAAUUUAAGAAACUACUCUUGGCCUUAGGUGCACAGCCACCAAUCGCAGCAAUGGAGAACUACUGGCGCAUACCGGUCUAUUUGAAUUCUAGCGAUUUGAAGGUGCGUGAACGAAUCUUGGGAGGUGAAGACAUCGAAGAAAAUGAAUUGAACGUGGGUGGUGACGAGGAAGACGACGAAGACGGUGACGAAGAAAACGAAAAUCAACAAGAAGAUAGUGAUGGGGCUUCAUCGGGCGAAGAAAGUGAAGAGGAUUACCUUGACAGAUUCAUGUCCAAGCGUCGCGAACAGAUGAACAAUUUAAUGUACAACAAAAGUGACGAUGAAGAUGAACAACGCGCUCCCCCAACACCCAAGAAAACGUCAAAAUCUUCUGAAGAACCCUCGAAAAAUGCUAAGAAGGCUAUGAAUCUCUUUGAUAUGGUGAAAAGCAAUGAAAAUACAGAAGUAGAAGAUGAAGAUGAUUUUAAUUCUGAAAACUAUCGCAAACGUCUUGCCGAACUUGGAUCUAGCGAUUCGGAAUCGGAUAAUGAGACUAAUCGGACUGUUAUUGAAAAUCCCGCAAAUCGUACCCAGGUUCGUCAUAAUAGAAUCGAAUCAGAUUCAGAAGAUGAAGUUCCAAAAGAUAAAACCACCGAAACCACAAAUCAAGGAAAAAAACGUCCUCGAUCAAUUGACGACGAUGACCAAACUCCUUCAACUCCAAAUGUCAACGACAAGAAUGAUAAUGAUGAUGACUUACUUUUUAUUAAAAGAAAAGAAGUGCCAUCGGGAAAGACAAAACUGGGUGAGGAGCCUAAACGCCGACGGAUUGCAGUUAUUGAAGAUGAUGACGAGGACGACUUUUAAUGUACAUACGGCGGGUAUUUUAACUUAUUCAAAUUUAUAUUCUACAUUUCUUCUUUCAUACUGUUGCAUCCUGUUUUGUAUUUGUUAUUCUGUUCUUUUUUUU